AUCUGCAUUAACGAUAUUGAUGGUUGAUGAUGGACAGUUGACGUUCUGUAUUAUAUAGCUAUAUGCUAACGCCAAUAUCUCCUCUUAUAGCCCGAUCAGAUCUGGGGUCACUUUGGGUCAACCUGUUGCCCUCAUGGCUUGACGUUGACUCGGACACAUUCAGGACACGACCGUACUGGCCCACAGCAAGGGAUACUCAUCAGCGACAGCCGAUCAAACUGACCACAAAGAUUCAACUCUCUAUCUGCGGACAUUCACUGGACUGGACUUAGUUGUACCAAACAAACAUAUUUCACAUAUAUACAGUCGCCGUAGUGGACAAAACAGACUUUAAAACCCAUACGAAGCUGACGGUAGAAUUGGUAGAGCGAGAGCGUUAAUGCUCUGCUCCGUUGACCUGUGGGUGACCCUGUCAUUGACCUCAGAGAGGGUCGCAAGUAAGGCCUUUAUAGUGAGUACUGUAUACAACACUGCCUCUCGUGCUGAAGUUCCAGGAUGCUGUUUUUACUUUUACUGUAUAUACAAACCAUUCUAUAUGUAUGAAUUUAUAAAUGAUAUAGAUAGCGAAACGUCGAGACUUCCGAGCAUGUGAUUGUGUACUUAUUCGUAUACCAGGAGAGGAUUAAUUGAACAGGUCAUGUCAGGCUACAACUAUCGUUUUCCCGGAAGUGCGGUGUUCAUAUCCGGUUUACUCCCUGAGGAGGUGUACCUGAUUUGCUAAGAUGCCUCCACCAAAGAAACCAAAAACCGGAAGAACAUCAAUUGACCAGUUCCUCUCAAACGAGGAGCAGAUGGUCCGGGAUGGCUAUAUCCGAGACCGCUGUUGGUCGUAUUCUAGUCGAGAAUCAAUAGAUAGUAUCCGGAAUAGGAGUGGAUCCACUUCCGGCGAAUCUGACAUCCGGGAUCGCACAAAUUCCUAUUCUGGCGAAUCUGAUAUAAGUCGAGGUUCUCCCCGACAAAGCCUUGACUUGGAGUGUACAACAUUUUCUGCAGAAAGUCGAUCCAACGGGUUAAAACUUUUAAGAGAAUUAAUUAUAAAGAAAAAAGACACGGAAGAACAAAGGGUGCCUGGAGGAAGUUGUGGAGAACAGUCUCCGGUAAGCGGAAGUGCGUCACCAACGAACUCCAAUACAUCUGAAAAGAUCACAGACGUUGACAUGAAAUCUCCUCCGUGUAAGGUAGAAAAGGUGGAGAAAUUUGACAGUACGGACAAUAUCGACCGGAAACCUAGCCCUGAUCCGCUACCACCAGCCGCAGAAAAACGCGAAGUUCUUGUGGUGCCAAAUAUCGAAGGAAAAGUUAAAACGGCCAGUAAAACCUGCGUCACUUCCGCCUUCAAUAAGAAGAGUGAUGAUAAACUUCUGAAUAAUCUCGUGGCGUCAUCACUGAUGACAUCACGUGCAAACGGCAUGCCUAUGACGACAGUGCCAAGUUAUCUAUCACCCUAUUACUAUGGCCAUUCGCCGAUUUUAUCAUCAAUGUAUACAAACGGCAUGGAGUCGGAGCCUCGAGAUUUAUCCCGAAAAGUGCCUAAAUCCGAGAACAGUUUAGAGACCAGAUACUUUGAGAGUUUGUCCCUUGGUCUCAGUGAUAGUAACCUCCAUUCUUAUAUGCACUUUAAUUUAAAUCCGUAUAAUAGUGUGCCAGCUGCGAACGAAAAACAAUAUUUAGAGGCUAGAAAAAACUUAGUUGGUAUGUUGAAGGAGCCUCGUUUCAGCAAUUCCGGUCACGUGGGAUAUCCAACGCCACCGGCUGAAAAAGACGUUACUUUCGGAGGAGCGUUUCCUUUCUUUGUAAAUGGCUACGAUCUUCACAGGGACUCCUUGGAUAAAAUGGCCCCCAAAGAGGAACAUCCCGGAGUUGGGGGUAUGAUGUCACCUGGGAAUUACCUGUCAGUUUCACACCUGAUGCCCCCCUCAAGCCACGUUCCCUCGUCCACCACCUCUGAUAUGAGGGAUCACGAGGGAUCGCUGCUCCCCCUCCUCGACGCCUCCAUGUCGUAUGCCGGAAGUAGGAAGUUCAAACAACACUCAAAUUCAGCAGGUCCUAAUACAAACAAGCUUUGCCAGGUGUGUAACGAUAACGCCUCCGGAUUCCACUAUGGAGUUUGGUCUUGUGAGGGUUGCAAGGCAUUCUUCAAAAGAAGCAUCCAGGGGCCAGUCGAUUAUGUCUGUCCUGCAACUAAUACUUGCACCAUUGACAAACACAGACGGAAGAGCUGCCAGGCCUGCAGACUUCGUAAAUGUUACGAGGUCGGCAUGAACAAAGGAAGCCAAAGGAAGGACAGAAAGAGUUGUUUAAGUAUGGGCAAGCAUACGACCAAGAGGAAUCGCGCAGACUCCAUGGAUAAUACUGUUAAUUCAACAAGCGGAAGCCCCAAUCCAGCUAAGAGUUCAAGGCGAUCACAGACAUCCACGAUACUGGACAUUUUAGCCAAGGCGGACUUGCCCACCAUUGAGAGUUUCCACAAUCACAACGUACCGCCAACGAAAGUGCAUUUAUUAAAUUCGUUAACAAAGUUAUCGGAACGGGAACUAGUUCAUCUAAUCAACUGGGCGAAGAAUGUUCCAGGCUACACAGAGUUGUCCCUUAGCGACCAGGUUCACCUGAUUGAGUGUUGCUGGAUGGAACUCAUUCUUCUGAACUGUGCAUAUCGGUCAAUGGAUCACGGUGGCAAACGCCUAGCGUUUGCGUCUGACCUCAUAUUGGAAAGACCUCACUGGGGAACCGUUGGUAUGUCCGAAAUAUUUGAACAAGUGGCGGCUGUGUCUGAACAAAUGGUUCAAUGCAAUCUUCACAAAGAUGAACUUCUCUUGCUUCAGGCCACAGUUCUUGUGAACGCGGAGGUCCGAAAACUUGCCAGUUGUAGUAAAAUAUACGAAAUGAGACAAACGAUAUUGGAUGCCUUAGUGGACACAGCUCAAAAAUAUCACCCAGACAAUCUGAGACAUGUUCCGUCCAUCCUUCUAUUACUCACUCACCUUCGACAGGCUGGGGAACGAGGCAUAGCCUACUUCCAGAAGCUUAAAAACGAGGAAACAGUGUAUUUCUGUGACUUACUCAAAGAAAUGUUGGAUGCACAGGACUAUUCUGAAAAGCGUGCAGGUAAUGAAGGAGAAUGACGGAAAGUUUAAUUUAUCUAUUUUAAUUUUCACGUCAUCAAUUUGGUGCAUUUAAAACAAACUUUUAAAUUCCACUUUCAUAUUCAAUGGAUAUGAAGUGAACUUUAAAUAGGGCAUUUUUCUUAUGUGCGCAUCAAGUAUCUCUACCGUAACGAUUCUGGUGGUUGAAUAUUUUGACUGCGUUCGGAAUACCUCGGACAUGAUGAAGUAGAAACUGGUUCAUUGACGGGACACAUUGUGUUCCCGAUAUGACGUGAUGGAAUUCAUGAACCUAUGAACCAUCAUCCAUGUGUAGUGUGAUGAACAAGAGUAUGAUAAAACUGGAAUAGGCGCAGCCUUGAAUCGGAGUUGUUCAACACUAUGGUGACGUCAUGAUUGUCCGAUUAGUCGUGGGAGAAAACUGUUAUAUAUGCGUUAUUGUGUAGACCAAGUGUCUGUAACUACUUAACGUGUUGUAAUACUGAACAGGACGUUGAACAAAUCAUUCAUUUCGUUAUUGCAUCUGUGGGAUAUAUAGCUUAAAGCGUGAAUUCGAGGUUUGUCAUUUAUGUAGUGCGCUUAUUAUGACGUAUCACUGUUAAUGUGCCAAUUCAAAACACGUCUUAUGGUAAUAUUUUCUUUUGGUUAAUAUUCAAUGGCUAGAAUUUAUUUGGACAUACGGAGGUCAUAUUAAAAUUAACUCU